GAAAGCAUUAAAAUAAAGAGAAAACGAAGGAUAUAUGGUUAUAUGUUUACAGGCGAAAAAAACGGGAAGAAGAGAAGGGAGAGAGUCAAUUUUUCAGUAGCAGUUAUGAACUGACUCUUUGAUUUUCUUCGUCAAUCUCAUCUCACCUCAUCUCAUCUCAUCUCGAUCGUUUUUGUUUUGGUUUUUGUUCCUUGUCGCGUGUUUUCAUCGCUGAUUUUCCGGUGGUUGAUUUCUGCUUGAUUUUGAAUUCACGGUGGUGGAGGAUCGGAGCUUGAUUUUAACGGCGGAACUGAUCGUGGAUAGCGUUAAUACUGACCCCAAUUUGUGCAUCAGAAAUUUUAUGGAGGGAUUGAUGAUGGUGAUGGCGUUUUCGUUUAAGAUUAGGAAAGGGUUCGUAUUCGUAUGUUCUCCCAAAUUCAAGCAGUAGAUUUUGAGAACUUGCAGUUUUCGGCUCAGUGAAACUUUUUGCGAAUCGAUGAUGGUGAUUGAUGGUGGUUCUGGCGGGGGAGAUGAGCUGAGGGCAAAAAUGGAAAUUGACGUAGAGAAAGAACAAUCAGAAGCAAUGGAGAUGGAAAUGGAGGUGAAGGUGAAGAAACAAAAGCUUUGUGAUAUUUGUUUUAAGGCUUUUAAGUCAGGUAAAGCUUUAGGAGGUCACCGGAGGGUUCACGGACGACGGCCGGAUCCGUUAAUCAGCAAUCAGAGCCGAUCGAUCAAAUUCAAGAACAAAUCCGCCAUUAAUUCCGGCGGUUUUCCGGCGGAGGAGAGGCAGGUCUGUCAGGUAUGCGGGAAGAUCUUUCCAUCGGUGAAGUCUUUGUCGGGGCACAUGAGAUUGCAUCCGAAUAGGCAUUGGAGGGGUAUAAACCCCCCAUCGACGGCGAAUUGCAGUUCGUCUUCUUCGUCUUCACUAGUCGACGGCGAUCCGCCGCCGGAGGAGCUGAAGGACGAGACUCGCCGGACUUCAGUCUCCGGCGAGAAAAUUGAUUCGACAGCCUUACUGAGCUGGAAUGUGAAGGCCAGGAGAGGCCGUAAGGCCAUCCCUCCCGACGAGGACGAUCUGCGCGCCGUCGACCUGCUGCUGAGAUUGUCGGGUACGAAAAAGCUCUUCGCCAUUGAUGGAGCUUUUGAGGAGAGGUUCAGUUACAGGAAGGGGAAAGGUCUUGCGAGCUGUAGUCGAGAUGAAAGCAGGCCUUUAAUGGCGACAAUGCAGAAGAUGAAGAUGAACAGGAGGAGUGAGAAUGUUGAGAAAUUGGUAAUUGAAAAUGGUAAUAAUGAUUUCUUCCAGGGCAGCCAUGAAUCUCGUGACAGGUUGGGUGGGAAUAGCUCAUUGUUGUACAAUUCCAUGGACGAAAAUGGGAGAGUUAAUAAUAAUUAUUCCAAUGUGGAAGAAAUCAAAGAGGAGAAUGUUGGAAGAAUGCUGGACUUCGAUUUGAAUGAGAUCCCCACAGAAGAUGAAGAUGAAGAUGAAGAUGACGAUGAAGAUGACGAUGAAGAUGAAGAUGAAGAUGAAGCUUCUACAGCUGGUGCUUGAAGAAUUAACUCAACUUUUUGUUGACUUAAGGUGCUUUUUUUCGAUUUAAUUUCUUGUUAUUUGCCUUUUGUUCUUGACUAGAUUUGCUUAGUAUUAAUUUUGCUCUUUCCUUUGGACGUGAUUAUGCAUGUUUUAGUUGCUUCUUGAAUUUCUUGCUUGUUCAUAUAUUAUGUUUUGAACUAUAUGCAUAAUCACAAGCUUCUUUACUUUA